CCUUUCCCUCGUUAAAAAGCUCAGCUAAUUACCUCCAAAUUUAGAACAAAUACAACUAUGCCUGAUAUUUGAGAAAUUCAGUCCAUAAUUCAGAUUGUGAGAAAUUCUCUCUCAAAACUCAAUGACAACAACUAUUCUUCCCGCCAUUUUCUCUCUCCUCUCUUCUUCCUCAUCCUACCACCCAACUAAAUCCACACUCCAUUACCCACCCAAUUUACGCCCCUCUUUCUCUCCUCCCAAUUUCACCCCCAAAUCAAACCCUAGGUUAAGAAUUUCCCAUGAAACUACAAUUUCAUUCAAGAAGCAACGCAACUGGGUACCUUGUUGUUGCAGUGGUAAUGCCGAUAUUAACCCAGAUAUAAUUCAUGAUUCUUCUUCUAAGGAAUCAAAUAUUAACAUACAGCUUCCUAGAAGAAGCUUGCUCGUGCAAUUUACUUGUGAUGCUUGUGGUGAAAGAACAAAACGGCUGAUUAAUAGAUUAGCCUAUGAACGAGGAACUGUUUUCGUUCAGUGCGCAGGGUGUCUCCAACAUCACAAAUUAAUUGACAACCUGGGUCUUGUGGUUGAAUAUGACUUUCGGAAUGAUACUGAUGAAGAUUAGUAUGAAUUUUUUGAAUACUUAUGCCCCUGUUUGAUUACUUGGACGUUUUUGUACUUCUCAAACUACUAUCAAUAGGAAAAUAAUCUGUUUUUGGUGAGUGUGUCUCUUUUAAUCGUACAAAAACAAUCUUAGUUUUUGUAUUAGUAAUUAAAUUUUGAAACAUAGUUCAACGUUUACAGAUUUGUUCA